AUGUUUCGCCAGUCAAAUGCUGCAUCUUUUACCAAAGUCAAGCCAAAGCACACUGUAGCCUGGUCCAGGACAGGCCAGGAUGCCUUUGAACAAGACGUUCCUUACGCUUUACGAAUGAAUGACGUUGUGUUAGGCACAUCCGUAGAGCGCAUUGAACUACCAGAACGCGAGUUGAAUUGGGUUCUAGGAGGAGGCCUAGUGGCCGGCUCGUUGACGCUGGUAGCUGGCAAUCCUGGUGUCGGCAAGAGCACGCUAGCACUGCAAAUGGCAAACAUGCUGGCAAAUGGGUCAGCCAUACGAACGCGUGGAGUGCUAUACGUAUCGGGUGAAGAAAGUGUGCUUCAAGUGCGGAUGCGAGCAGAGCGCCUUGGAUCGGUCAGCAACGGUUUGUUCGUAGCUAGUGAAACGAAUCUAGACUCGAUUUUCCAGUUGUUGGAAGGAGGCAACGGACUUGACGUGGGUAGUGAUGAUUACCAAGGAUUUGGUGCUGUCGUAGUGGACUCAAUCCAGACUGUGUACGCAGGAGACAUUCCCUCACCGGCAGGGUCAGUAAACCAAGUGAAAGAGUGCACACUUCGCUUGCUUCGAUUAGCCAAGACACGCAAUGUGCCUGUGAUUCUUAUAGGGCACGUCACCAAAAGCGGUGACAUUGCUGGCCCCAGGGUGCUUGAACACAUCGUGGACACCGUGGUGCAGCUGGAGGGCGAUCCACAGAGUACCCGGCGGUUCUUGCGCUGCCAAAAAAAUCGCUUCGGCAACACUAGUGAGGUUGGCGUCUUCAAUAUGACUGAUGAGGGUCUCCAGCCGCUGCCAAAUCCUCUGAUGGCAUUUGUUUCGUCACGUGAUGAAGACAAUGAUGAUUUUCCUGACAGCAUGAAGGAAACCAAAAUUGAGCCGCUUGACGGGUGCUCCAUUACCAUUGCUAUGGAAGGCAAGCGACCAAUUCCUCUUGAAAUUCAAGCCCUGGCCUACCGGGCACACAGCGCAGAUGCUGUGCGUGGUGGUCAGUCUGUCUCACGCGUACGCGGCCUGGGCGUAGCGUUUGACAAGCUACUCCUUUUGUUUGCCGUACUGGAAAAGCGUGCAAAGGUUUUUUGCAACAAUCAGAGUGUCUUUGUGAACAUCGCAGAGGGCUACACUAUUCAGGAACCCGCGGCCGAUUUGGCAUUGGCAGUAGCUUUAGCCAGUUCUGUUCUUGGCCGUCCUGUAUUGGAGCGAACAGCCUUCCUUGGAGAAGUAUCAUUAUCCGGUCAUUUGCGGCCAGUCAAAAUGCUCGAAUCACGGCUUACUGCAGCGCAAAAAAUUGGGCUUGAGGUCUGCGUGAUUCCUAAGGAGCACGAUCAGGCCACGCGUCGUGCGCUGCGUAAGAAGUUUGCUGACACGUUAACUGUCAUCGAGGUAUCGACGUUGCUACAGGCUUUAAAGAUCGCUUUUCAUACUUUACCAACCGCGUCGAUUUUAUCCAGUGGAGCUUCAAGAGCAAAGGAAGAUAGCAAAUCCCAGUCUACAUUGGCUCCCGACGAGAUGCAACACGUGUAA